AGGUAUGCCUUGUAUGGAAAGGGCUGACCAGGGGAUCUCCACACGGCUCAGGAGCAGCUGCUUUUGCUUGUGAGGACAGCCUCAGAGGUUGCUGCUCAUCACCAGCUCUCCUUGUUGACCCCAACAACACAUCGAGCUCAGUCAUGGGCACCCUCCUGGGACAUCUGAUGCCAGGAAUGUUCUUCCUCUUCUAUUCACUCUACUAUUCAGUGCUGGUGUCCCUGGCCCUGCUACGGGAACAGAGGCUUCUCAAACUCCCUCUGCCCCCAAGAGAGAAGCGAAGGCAGAGGUGGUGGCAGCUUGUGCCUCUGGAAGGGGUGGUGAAGGUGGUCAUCACCACAACUGGCAUCGUAGCUGAGUUCUUCUAUCCUCCGGGGGUAAACCGGCUGAUGAUGGUCGACUGGGAGGACCCCCAGCGGCCGUUCCUGUUCAAGGACAACUGGCAACACAUCACCAUGUAUGGAUUCUUUCUGUUCAGUGGCGUGGUGGACAUUGUGAGCCAGUCAUGUCAGGCACGGCAGAAGAUGAAGCUCGAGAGAGCAGUCGAGGCCCUGGCCUUCCAUGUGCUGGUGCUGCUGAUGGCCACCCACAUUGAGAACAAAAGCGCCCUGGAGAUCCGAGUGCACGUCCUAUUUAUGGUGCCUACCUUCCUGGUGGCCCUGGUGCUUACCAUUGAGAUCUGGGUCCCUGACCAGCCCCCACUCUGGGUGCUCAAAACCUGGAUGGGGCUGGUGCUCAGCAACUGGAUGCUGCAACUCUGUGUCAUAAUGUAUGCCCCUCCCUCCGGACAGCCUUGGCGUGCAGACAGCCCCAUGGACCUCGCCUUCCUCACCAUCUUCUUCUGCUGGCACCUGGCCUUAGGGGCUGCUGUGCUGGCUGCGGUCUAUGCCCUCUGCAGCCUCUGGCACCGCCGCGGCUCCUCCUGCAUAGAGGUCCCGUGUACCAGGUACCAGCCAUGCCCCACGGACCCCAGCAAUGAAGACCUAGAGAAGCUCAGGGCAGAGGCUAUGCUGUAG